CGGCGGCGGCGGCGGUGGCGGCGGGAGGGGCUGGUCCUGGUCCUGCUGGUCCGGUGUUAUGUGCCUAUUGCAACCAAGAGCUAAAAUCUGAAGAACUCUGUCUAUUCCACUGGAAGGAGAUACUUGCUGCUAAAAAAGUCUAAAUCCAGAUUUGAGAUAAAAUCUGAAUACCGGAAAUCAGUGUUGUAAGGAAACUUCAUCUCCAACACCAAAAAUGUUAGAGGAGGACAUGGAAGUGGCCAUUAAGGUGGUGGUGGUAGGAAACGGAGCAGUUGGGAAAUCCAGUAUGAUUCAGCGAUACUGCAAAGGCAUUUUCACAAAGGACUAUAAGAAAACAAUUGGAGUUGAUUUCUUGGAGAGACAAAUACAAGUUAAUGAUGAAGAUGUUAGGCUAAUGUUGUGGGACACUGCAGGCCAAGAGGAGUUUGAUGCAAUAACAAAGGCCUACUAUAGAGGAGCCCAAGCAUGCGUACUUGUGUUUUCCACCACAGACAGGGAAUCUUUUGAAGCAGUUCCCAGUUGGCGAGAGAAAGUAGUAACUGAGGUUGGCGACAUCCCUUCAGUGCUUGUGCAGAACAAGAUUGACCUCCUGGAUGAUUCUUGCAUCAAGAAUGAGGAAGCAGAGGCCCUGGCCAAAAGGUUAAAGUUAAGAUUUUACCGAGCUUCUGUGAAAGAGGACCUAAAUGUAACAGAAGUUUUUAAAUAUUUAGCUGAAAAGUAUCUUCAGAGACUCAAACAACAAACAGCUGAAGACCCAGAGCUGGUGCAUACAAGUAGUAACAAAAUUGGUGUCUUUAAUACAGCUGGUGGAAGCCACUCUGGCCAGAAUUCCAACACACUUAAUGGUGGUGAUGUCAUUAAUCUAAGACCAAACAAACAGAGGACCAAGAAAAACAGAAGCCCUUUUAGCAGCUGCAGCCUACCCUAAAAAUUUUUAGGGGGAAGAAUUUACAGUACCUGGGAUGAUGCUUUGCAGUUGAGUAAGGAGCCCAGCCAGCUGUAAAUGGUAUGCUACCAGCUCUCUCGCAGAGUUUGCAUCUGCUGGACCUAUGCUAGAGGGUGAACUUCAACAUUGCCGUGGCAGUGCUCUUCAGUGUGUAGAGAGAGACCUCUGGUGGCAAAAUUAGAAUCAUCAUUGCCCUGUUUGUUCAUUUUUAUUUUAUUUUUUUUAACUAUUAGACGAAGCGCCUCCUGUUUUUGACGGAACACUAGAAAACCAUGACAGCAGGUGUUGCGGAAUCAUAAAGUGUAUUACAAUAAAAGCAUAAAGCUUCAACCUGUCGGUACAGAUCAGAGUAGUAUGGACCAACAAGAAGCAGCAUUCUUCUAUUGACUGGAUCAGCCCAUUUGAAGUACUAAAAGCAAAAUUGAAAUUGUGUCAGACUGCAUUACUAGGCAUUUUGGCCACUUAAUUUGUGCAAUAAAUGUGUAGUCUAUGAAUGUUAAGAGGUAUGCAUGCCGAUAAAGUGCUAAAGUCAGACUGAAUAAGUGCAGUAUUCAACUAUGGAAACUGAAAAUUUUGACCACCUUCCUUUACAACCUCAUACACAAACACACAUUUUUAAACUGUAUUUUUAAAGUGAGGCAUUACAAACAUUCCACUAUAGGAUUUUAAAGUUCAUUGUGCCAAGAAAAUCCACUUUUAUCAGCAUCACACUGUCUUACUUGAUAUAAUUUUGUAAUGUCUUUUUGAAAUAAUGCUCUGGUCUUUCAGCAGGGUAAACAAAACUAGGAUUGUGUCUUUUAAUAUCAGCAAUGGGUAUCCGAAGCUGGAUAAUAUGGGUUCCCUUCUUACUUCUAAGACCUUGCACACUGUCGUGGAGUCAGCAAAGUAACUGUGAGGUCACAGCAAACCUGCAGAAUUCAUAAGGUCCCUUAAAUUGAUGUGACUAUCUAGCACAUUCAAGCCUUUAACAGGGCAGUGCAUUCUAAAAUUUCAUUUAAAAUUUUUGUAUUCAACAAGAGGUCUUUUUCUUUAUCCCACAUUCUCAAUUAUGGAAUGGCUUGCAUCCUUUUGCAUAUUCACUUAUAUGGUAUUUUAAAUGUAUCACUUUGGAGUUUUUAUAUUCUCUCGGGUGUAUGAAGCCCCUUUCCUUCUCUGGUAGCAACAGGUGAAAAAUAUUUCAAAAGACAUAAUAACCUGAAAUUAGACAGUGCCAGAACAUAAAUUUUGUGAUUGAGAACUACAGUGAUCUAAAUUUAGCUAGUUGCAGGAAUCUUGAUGUCUAAUUUUCAUAAUUCAUGUAUGAGUUUUCUUAAUCUCAGCCUAUUGUAGCGUCUUUAAUUUUUUCAGCACACCAUAGUGAUGUAGAAAUUAAAUAAAUGUAGAAGUCACUUCACCCUUAAUGGUACAUAAUAUUUGUGGAGAACUACUAUACCAAGUAUUCAUACCAAGUUAACACCUUGUUUAGCUUUUGAUACCCAAAAUUAAUUCACCUUCAUUUAUGACUUGAGAGCAUCCUCAUAAAUGAGCAAGAAUUAUAUUUGGUCUGUGAAAGUUCUACCAAAAAAAACCCAAACAGAAAAUCCAGGAGUCAUCUCUGUUGCAUAGUAGUUAUGCAGAAUAUUUGAGUGACACCAGUUGUUUUAUGUCCCAUUGCCGGCAGUGGGAUGGGCACUGGGGAAAACUAAUUCCCAGCAGUAAGCAUUGGGUUUUGCUUAAUGUGUUUCCUCUUUCAAAAUGUUGUCACUGAAUAAGUCUUUUAUUCUUUACACAAAGUAAAUUUUGUGUAAUAUUAUAGUGAUCUUUGCAGGAAGAAAACUCAUUAAUCUUAUGCAUCAUGUCUUUCUGUUUUAAUGAUUGAAUGUGGGUCCAAAGAGUUUUGUUACUUUUUUAUCUAUAAAAUGUAACAUGAUCCUGAUGGUUGAUCUAAUUUCCUUACAGUUCUGUAAUAGGAUCUUCUGCACUUUUACUUUUUUCUUUGUAUGAGAACUGAAAAAUGGGGGCCUUUGAAUCAUUUAAGAGUUGUUUUGCACUGCUGAACUUAAUCAGUUGUUACUUUAAAAACUCAAAAUUAACAGUGGAUUAAGAUUUGCAUUUAUCACUUAAAUGGUGUGCUCAAUUCCCAGUUUUUAAAGUUGAGUUGUGAAAGUCUUCACUCUUUCAUUCAUUUUUCCCCAAAUGAUUACUUUUUAUCACAGCUUCAGAUUUUUAAUUCGUAAUGGAGAUGAAACAGCCAUUUUAGGUUACACGAUACUGUGCAUUUGUGCUGCUAAUAUAAUUUUUUAUUAAAAUGGAUUAACUGAAUUUUUUGCAUUCUGAUCUCCAGCUGCUGAAUAAUUGCCAUAUUUAAAGAGUUCCUCAGGUACUCCCAUUCCUUUUCAGGAAGAGCCUCUGCGUAUUGAUUAAAUAGCAUAAACAGACCCAUUAUAGUCUAGAUUUGAAAUGGGUCAUGUGAUAAGUGAUAGCACAAGGACUUUCAAAAGACAUGAAACUUAACACUACCAAAAAUGGGAAGCAACCUCCUUAUGCUCUUAAAAUGAGAGGCCUGCUUCUCUCUCAGAAGUUGGUCUAAUCAAAGUUAAGAACAUCCCAUCAUCAAUGUACUCCAUGGUGCCUGUGGAUUUUGGAAUUGUAAUCCACUCUGAAACCUCAGAAUAAUGAGUUAGCCUUAACAGCUUUUGCCCCCAUUUCAAAAGUGCUGUUUGAGGGAACAGCAGUUAUACAGUUGUCAGGAUGAACUGCCUUUGUCCUUUUGGGUAAGGUAACUCCUAAAGUCCUGAAACGGUUGAUACAAGCUGCCAUUUAUGGGUCCCAUGAUAUAUAGGUUAUUUGCAGAAAGAGAAAAACAUGCGAGUGAAAACACUCUACUGCUUAAAUGAUUUGCUGCAUAGUGCUUUAUAACUGAGUGUUUUGAAUGUUGUGUGAACUGAUAAUUAUGAAUACCGUUGCAUUGGUGAAAACGCUGUGGAUAUUCAGGUCUUCAUCUAAAAAAAAAAAAUGUGUAAGCAUAUUAUACAGGUGGUUAUUUCUGCCCACAAAGCUUAAAAACCCACAGUGAGUUCAGAAAUGCCAGUAAAACUGAAUGAAUGUGCUCAGUAAUAUCAAAUAUGUGUGGUCCAUCACUAUAUGAAUUGGUCAAAUAUUUUUCUCUUUAAAAUAUAAUUAUCAUAUUCACAAAUGUAAAGGAAAGUUUUAAUGGACAUGUUACUUGUAAUAGAAAAUUGAAUUAGCACAUCACACAUAAGAAAUAAAACAAGCCUUGCAAAGCUGCUUAAUUUUAAAUAUGCCUUCCAGCCUUUUGUUUUGAAAUACUAUGAAGUCAAAUGCUCCUUAAUUAAAGUGGUCUAUAAAAAUGCAUCAAGUAUAUCGUAGGAAACAGUCCCACACUAUGGUCUAAACAGAUGGAGUAGAUAGAAAUGUGGGGAAUUUUUUUUUUUUCCCUAACCUGUAAAUCCUUAAUUAGGUAAUGCCUAGUCAUAUAACUCAGGUUACUAAUGCAAUUUGGUUCUAACACAGAUUUUUAUAAUACAGUAAAGAAGACACACUGGCUAUUAUUUUCUUGAGAUGGCUAGUGGGAUAUUGGCUGAAGUUGAUCAUUUUAAAAAGAAAUGCUUAAUCUACUCUAAAAGGAAACACCUCUUUUCAUUUUCUUUGCUAUUGACCGGUUUCGUGAGUUUGAAUGGGAAAAAAACAAGUAUUGUAUUUCUAUGACAAAGUAUAACCACGCACUCAAAUUGUAAUUUACUUUUCUAAUAUUCUUUCAUGGCAACUCACUUUGAAUAAGUGAAAAAUAAAUUAAUUUCAAAAUUACCUUUUGUGUAUCUUUAUAGCAACACUAAAAUAGUCUUAUGUUACUGCUUGAAAUACUUGAGUCACUGAAAGGAUAACUAAAACAAACAAAAAAAAAUCAACAAAACCAAUUGUUUUUCCCUUGAAGCAUUCAACCAAUAUCAAAGCUAAUAAAAGGGUUCCUCACUUUUAUAUUGGAGAUGCUUAAUUAAUGAAGAAAAAUCAGUAUUAAGUGAAUCCAUGUAAAGCAAACCUACUUUUACGUGAUGGUGGUCUAGGGUCUGGAAUGCAGAAAGGGUAAGUGUGAAUUACAGAUAAACAUAAGCCUGAGGGCAGGGAUCGUGUCUAUUAAUUCUGUUGUAUUGUACUCAGCCAAUCUGUGCAGUGCUGUGCACACAAAGUGCUCUGAUACCAUUGAUUAAUUAGCUUUGUGGAAAGUGAAUGGUUAUUUUAUUGUUCAUUUAAGAUUUAGUGUCUUUUUGGUAGAUAAUUUUGUUCUUGCAUUUGCAGCUCCUGUUGAUUUUAUUAAAACGAGCCUACUCCUUU